AUGGAACAAGUAAAGCUCCGGGCAUUUCAACGCGAUAUUCUAGAGUUAGCACGUGGAAAGAAUGUAGUUAUGGUUGGUGAUACAGGAAUUGGCAAGACAUUUCUUGCGAUCGCAUUACUAAGUGAACAGGAUUAUUCCGGGGCAAAACGUGCAUUCUUUAUGGCCCCUACACGUCAAUUAGUGCUUCAAAUUACAGCCAAAAUUCGUCAAACAAGUACGUUACACGUGAAUGCGUAUUAUGGCAGUACUGCAGAUCUAUGGAAUGCUGCCCAAUGGGAGCGUGAACUAAAAGUCACACGUGUAUUUGUGUGUACACCUGAGAUCGUACGCAAUAUACUACUUAAGGGCUACGUAUCACUGAGCCGUAUGAAUCUACUCGUCUUUGAUGAAUGUCAUCACGUGACAAAGCGUCAUCCAUACGCACAAGUUAUAAAGAUGUUUGAUCAUGAAGAUCUGACGACAAUGCCACGAAUUUUUGGCACAACAGCGUGUCCAACACGUCACUGUGCGGAAAAACUUCAUGCAGAGAUGAAGAAAGUGGAGUUGGAUGAAACGCAAAUUGCAGAAUUUGCAGCGGCAGCACCGAUCGUGUACGAAACGUACUCGUUACAGAAUCCAUGGGAAAUUAAGGGACAGGAGGACACUGGUAACGAGGAUGGAGAUGGGGUAUGGGUUUUUACGAAUAUGGAAAAAGAGUUGGCAGAUGUAAAAGCAGUUGAAGUACUUGAAAAACUCUUGAAAAAAGGAAAGAGUGAUGCAGCGACGGACCCUGCCAAAUUGGAGAAAGCGAGAAAGAGGUUUAUGCAAAAUUGCAUUACCAUUUACAAGAAUCUGGGUCCAUGGUGCUACUACCGCUUUGCGGAGCUAGAGAUUCAUCGACUCGCGAUUGCUGCGUCGUUGCUUAUUACAGUACCCGGAAGUAUGUUUGGAUUAGAUAGAGAUGCAGUCAAAACGAUGCUAUUACUGACUGCAAAGCGUGAGCACUGCGAAUUUGCGUGCACAGCAAAAGUCAGUAAGGUUGAAGAAAUUGUGCGUGCGCAAUUGUUUGACGUAGAAGCCGAAGUUGAGGAGAUAGCUGGCGCUGAGCUGACUAACAGCGACGUCAGCGACAGCGAUAAUGAAGCUGGCGAUGGUUUCAUUCCAAGUAGCUCCAUUCCAGCGGGCGAAGACCUAAAAGAAGCUCAAGAUGGUCAGCGCCAUCCUCUUGGCCUUCAAGGCAUCGUCUUUGUGGACACACGAAUGGAAUGUCGUGUGCUGUCGGACUUUUUUAAUGAAAAGUUUGCGCCAUUGGCUGUAGAUGGUGAUGGACCUGAUGAAGAGGUAUUUGUAGAGUCAAACAGCCAGCUCUCGGAUGAGGCAACGGUGGACUUACCUUUUGCAAGCAUUCUGGGGCAAGCAUCGCGUAGUGACACGGCCUCCUUUCUUCUACCUAAGAUGGAAACAAUCCUAAAAAAGUUUGAGUCGGGAUUGAUUCGUGUGUUAAUCUCCACGGCUGUCUCAGUGGAAGGAGUUGACUUUCCUCAGUGCGGGCUGAUUGUUGUAAUGGAUCGCGUUGGAACUGCUCGUAUGUUGAUGCAGUUAAAGGGACGUGCACGUCACGAUGAUGGUAUCAUUUACUAUUUGGCGGAAGAAGGAGAUUUAGCUCACGAAAUCCACUACAAACAGUUGGUCCGUGAUGCCGAGGUAAUUAAUCAACUUGAGUUCUCUAGAGAAAAAAUCGAAACUGUUCAGCAACAGCCGCGAUCUAUCGCAGCACGACUGAUGGGUGCCGGUGAGCAGAAGAUUGAGAUUGAAUCCACUGGCGCUGUCUUGGAUCUGGACAGCAGUAUUGCUUGCAUUAAUCAGUUCUGUCAGUCUCUGCCGAAUAAGUUGUAUACUGUAAACCCAAAGCAGAUGUAUUCAAUUUCAGAAGCUCGCUACGGUGGAAAAUGCAUGUACACAGCGGAGCUUAACCUCCCCGUUGAACUCGAGCUGGAAGCGUUCCGCAAAACUGCUGGAGCAACAAUUGAUUGA